ACUAAGCAAACCAAAAAAUAAAAAAAUAAAAAAAGUUCAAUUUAAUUUCUUCAAACUUCAACAAUAUCAGCAACCACUACCCCUCGCCUUUUCUGACUUUCAUUUCCCCAAAAAUUUCUCCAUUUUUAAAGAUUAGGGUUUCACCAUUAUUAUUUGUUCUUGUUGUUGCGGUGGUUACUGGUUAGUAGAGUAUAGAUCAAAGCAUGGGGCAGCAGUCGUUGAUUUACAGUUUUGUGGCGAGAGGUACAGUGAUUUUAGCUGAUUACACGGAGUUCACCGGAAAUUUCACCGGAAUAGCAGCUCAGUGUCUCCAGAAACUUCCGGCGACUAAUAAUAAGUUCACUUACAACUGCGAUGGUCAUACGUUUAACUACCUUGUCGAUAACGGCUUCACUUAUUGUGUAGUUGCAGUUGAGUCUGUUGGCCGACAGAUUCCAAUUGCGUUUCUUGAGCGAAUCAAGGAGGAAUUUACCAAGAAAUAUGGUGGAGGAAAAGCUGCAACAGCAGUUGCUAAUGGCUUGAACAAGGAAUUUGGGUCCAAAUUGAAGGAGCAGAUGCAGUACUGUGUGGAUCACCCUGAAGAGGUCAGCAAGCUUGCUAAAGUUAAAGCUCAAGUUUCUGAAGUCAAAGGAGUGAUGAUGGAAAACAUUGAGAAGGUUCUUGAUCGUGGAGAGAAAAUUGAGCUUCUUGUUGACAAAACCGAAAAUCUACGCUCUCAGGCACAAGAUUUCAGAACACAGGGAACCCAGAUGAGGAGGAAGAUGUGGUUCCAGAACAUGAAAAUAAAGCUGAUAGUGCUGGGUAUAUUGAUUGCUUUGAUCCUCAUCAUUGUAUUGUCCGUUUGCGGAGGCUUCAAGUGUUAGAAUCAUGUAUGACGUCGAACCAAAUAUAUUUUAAGAUGCUGCUUGUGUAUAGUUCGUACUCUUAUUUUGAUACUAGUCAGUUUAUUGACGUGUGCAAGUUUGUCAA